UUUGUUUACCAUAGCGCCGGUUGUCAAGAUCAGCGUGUUCUGCAUGGCAACUAACGGUAAAUGAGGACGAAAGUUGAGAAUUAGUUACAGAUAACGGAUUAAUUGAUCGACGUAUCCUCGUCAUUAUGUAUGCCUCACGGAAUCCUAUCGCUAGUGAAGUCAAAACAGUUAAAUCAGAUAUUAAGGAUAUAUUACAGAGCGGGAAAUAUUACUGUACCGAGGAAAUAGCGAGAGAGUUAACUAAAUUAGAUAAUGGAUUAGACCACCUGAACUUCGAUAAUAAUCUACUUACCACGUCACGCACUUGGCAAAAUAACUUCGAUCCUAAUCAUACGGCUGCAUAUCGUAACAAUGUGGUUUCAGCAAUGGAUCAAGCUUCAGCCCGGUUAUUUGACUUAAAAAAUCAACUAAAUGUUGAUAAACUUAAAGAUAAACAAGAAAAUGAAAUUAGAGAAAAACACGAAUGGGCAAUGAAUAAUCUACAAUCAGUUCAAAGGAGUUUAGAUCCGUAUGCAUAUCAAGCAGCUAACAGAAUUAAAGAGUUUGGUGAUCAUAUAGGCGUCACAGAUCGCUUUACUCAAUAUAGAAACAAUAGGUUGAAAGUACAAGAACCUGCUAGAACGCAAACACAACAGAUGAUGAGACUAGAACGAGCUAGAACAUCUAUUGGUACUCCAGCUGCUGAUUUAAGAACACAGAGAUAUGGUGAAAGAAUGAGAGAGAACUAUGGUGCUAUGGGAAAUAAAGUACAAUUUACAACAUUUAGUCCACCAGCUCGGGUAUAUAAAGGUUAUCGAACUAUUGAUAGUUUAUAUCCAGCGGCAACAACCCAAAUUAAACCAGAAGUUUCGGCAGGACCUUGUUUUAGUUCAUCGUUUAACGACGUAAAAACAGUGAACACAUUAAACGCCACAGAUCUCGUUAGAACACAAGAAUUAGCCAAACAGAGACAACAAGAAGCCUGGACACAACAGCCAGAAAGAUCUGCAGCAGAAAGAGCCGGAAUUAAUGUGAUAUUCCCUGGAACUACUCUGUAUAGUGACGAAUAUGUUGCACCCAACUUAGACCUCCCAACCAGUCAUUUCGUUAUUAAUCCAUUACCUAAUUUUAUGGUCAAUGGACGUCCCGUUGGUAGAGCCAAGAUUCUGCCAACUACUAAUUCAGAAUAUCAGUCACGAUAUGAAUGGCCUCAGGGACGCAAGUCCACACUACUACCCUGGUUAAAUGUUCAUUAGAAUUUGAAUAAAAUUAAAAUUAUUCUAAACUAUACGCCAACUUAGAAAGUCUUUCUUGCAAUCUUGACACAUAUCUGCCUUCCUUUAUUCUAGAAGGUAUGUUUUGCUUCAUUAAUUAAUCAAAUGUGAAUUGGAGAAAAAAGUUCUGAUGAUUUUUACUAAAUACAAGUACAUAAUUAAAUGAUCUAAUUCUUUCAAGGAUCAUAGUCAUUAUUUUUCUUUGCAAGGAUUGGACAUAACAUGUUUUGAAUAUUAAUAGCAUAUAAUUAUUAGUAAAGCAUGACGUGAUGACAACAUCCCUUUAAAUUGCUAGUGACUAUAAAAUAUGAAGAUAUUAAUGACUCAUUCACAUUGGGUAAGAGCUUCAUCAUGUUUUGUAAAUUUUACAUUUUUUAAUUUGUCUCAUUGUUACUGAUCCAGUCUCACUUUUAUGAUCCAGUGAUUCAGUCUCAAAUUUACAUUCUAAUGUCUCAAAGUUAUAUUCCAGUCUCAAAUUUAUAUUACCGGUACAUUGUCUCAAAUCGAUCUGGUCGCAGGCAAAACAAGUGAUAAUUGUUUAUUUUCUUGGCAGUUGUUUCUGGAAAUUAUAAUUUUUAUUUUCAGACAUUGAUUAUGUUUGAUAACAAUCUUUUAAUCAUAACCAAAAUCAUUACAUCUACGCAAUGUUUAUCUUAUUAUACACUGUUGACCAUUUAUUGCAUAAACCAUAUUAUGUUAACAUCUUUAAGUGUCAAUAAGUAAUUGAGAAACACAUUAGGUCUCACAAAUUUAAUUUUCUGUUCUUCGGGAUCUUGGUAAAUAAAUUGCCACCUGAACCAAGUGGAAGAUGUUUUGUUUAAACUUAAAAAUUUGGAACUAAAAGCUUUUGAACAGCAAAAUCAAGUAC